UGUUAUGACUUUUCUGGUUGUAGUGGUCCAUGCUAUAACUUCGGAAAAUAUUCUGAAAUCUUCUUUGAAUACAAAGAAUCAUGAAAAAUGGAUAUCAAGAAUUUUCUCCGAUCAUAUAUGGAACUACAACAUGACGGCAAGAUAUAACCCAGACUGUAUGCAGCACUUCAAAAUUUUCCGCCAGCAUCAAGCAAAUUUCAGCACAUGGGCGUUGCAAAUGUUAGAUGCAUCUGAUCUGAUUCCAACUGGUUUUCUUGUCGGAGACGGUUAUCGCCUAGGCAAUUUCGACGAAUGCCUUCAAACGAACAUUCCAAGCGAACUGGGGUUCUUCCCACAGUACUGUUUGCCCACUUUUACCAUCCUUCAAGAAGAAGAUACUCAGAAUUUUGCUGCAUCGUCUAAUGAUUGGAGAGAGUCCAUAUGGAAAAGGCUUCAGGCCGAAAGCAGGAUCAAGGUUCCAAAGAAUCGUUUCAGCCUAUCAUUUUGUAUACCGAGUACUUGCUCUCCAUACGACUUGCAAACGUCCUUACAAGUACUGCUUCACAAUGUGACAAGACCACUCGGGUACGAUCUUAAUGUGACCGUUGAUGAUCUUCAUUGUACGACAGGAAGAGACCGGCCCGAAUCCGCUGGUUAUGUGAUAAUGAGGUCUUUUCUGGUGGUUGCAACAGUUGUCUUGAUAUUCUGUUCUGUGGCUGACAUUGUUUUGGCAGCAAUACAAGAUGGAAAGUAUGAUCUCAAUAACUGUUCAUUUACGAAAGCCUCAGGGGUAGCAAAAUGGCUGAUUCCAUUCUCUUUCUACCGGAAUAUGAGUCAGCUGCUGGCUGCACCCACAUCUCCGGACGAUUACAAGAUACUUCAUGGCAUCAAAUGCGUGCUGCUGGUGAUGACAAUAGUGGGGCACCGGUCCAUGUUCGUUGCCGAGAGAGCGGCAAUAACAAACUGGUCCUAUUUUGAAAAAAGAUUUCACGAAUUCAGCAUAUUUUACGUUGCAAUGCCAAUACCAGACAUUUUUUUCUCAAUAACUGGCUUCUUAUUGUGUCUUUCAAUGCUCAAACAGUUGGAGAACAAAACUUUCAAUGUGUGGGUUCACGCAACCAAUAAAUUUCUCAGAGUUAUGCCUGCGUACAUGUUCGUGCUGGCUUACUUCAUCUUCAUUUUUCCGCACUCAGGCGAUGGUCCUUUAUGGAAAACUACAACCGCAGCAGACUUGAAAUACUGUCACAAAAAUUGGUGGAUGAAUCUUUUGUUCAUCAAUAACUACUUCAAUCUAGGCGAAUGGUGUCUCCCGCAUUUUUACUACAUUGCCGCCGAUGUUCACUUCUUCAUCGUGGGUUCCAUCAUCGUCUUCUUGUGUUGGCGCUGGAAGUCACUCAAGUGGAUUAUCUUGGGGUCUGCUCUCAUUUUGAGUGCUUUAAUUCCAUUCACAAUCACGUAUCUCAAUCGAUAUGAGGGCCUCGUGAAAAUUUAUGCUGAUUUUUAUCGGAACAUGAGGAAUCAUAAAAUGCUUACGGAUGUCAACAUGAAAAGUCACAACCGGUUUGGAGGCUACAUGAUCGGAAUCGCAGGCGCAUUUUGGAUGAGACAUCUUCAGGCAGAACGGCGCCCGCUUUCAAAAGCUGGAGCUUGGGCAGGCGUUUUUAUUGGUGUCAUAAUGAUUGCUGCCAUCACAAUCGCCAGACAUUUGCUCCAUCUUCCCACUACCGAAUAUAAUGUUACCAUACAUGCAUUAUUUGCUGGUCUGAACACUCAAAUUCUAUGUGCGGGUGUCAUCACUAUUGCUGUGAUCCAAAUAACUACAGAUUUUGGUGCAUUGGAUUCUUUGUUUCUGACGCAAAACAUUUUCCCGCCGAUCAGUAGACUUAGUUUUUGGGCAUUUCUCAUCAAUAUACCACUGAUUAUGAAUAGAGUUGGCUCCUACAAAACUCAUAUCCACAUCACUCAUGAAGACAUGGUAUAUGGAGGCCAGUAUUGGGGUGAUGUCCCACUGACAUAUUUUCUUUCACUUUAUUGUCACUUACUGAUUGAUGCACCCAUCAGCUAUAUAAAACCGAUUAUCCUGAAGUACCUAUCGAGAAAGCAGUUGCAAGUUGACAAAAAAGAAUGA